CCCCGGCUCCCCCCGGGCGGCGGUGGGCGGGGGCCGGGCGGAGCGGGGCUCACGGCGCGGCACAUCACAGCACGGCUCGGCACGGCUCGGCUCGGCUCUCCCGCCAUGGCAUCCAAGUGCCCCAAGUGCGACAAGACCGUGUACUUCGCUGAGAAGGUGUCCUCCCUGGGCAAGGACUGGCACAAGUUCUGCCUGAAGUGCGAGCGCUGCAACAAGACCCUGACGCCGGGUGGGCACGCUGAGCACGAUGGGAAGCCCUUCUGCCACAAGCCCUGCUACGCCACACUCUUCGGCCCCAAAGGGGUGAACAUCGGUGGGGCCGGCUCCUACAUCUACGACAAGCCGCAGAUCGAGGGGCAGACAGCUCCGGGACCCAUCGAGCACCCAGUGAAGGUGGAGGAGAGGAAGGUGAAUGCUGCACCUCCCAAGGGACCCAGCAAAGCCUCCAGUGUCACCACCUUCACCGGAGAGCCCAACAUGUGCCCACGCUGUGGCAAGAGGGUCUACUUUGCUGAGAAGGUGACCUCGCUGGGGAAGGACUGGCACCGUCCCUGCCUACGCUGUGAGCGCUGCAGCAAGACGCUGACCCCGGGGGGGCACGCCGAGCACGAUGGACAGCCGUACUGCCACAAGCCCUGCUACGGGAUCCUCUUCGGGCCCAAGGGUGUCAACACCGGAGCUGUGGGGAGCUACAUCUACGACAAAGACCCUGAGGCGAAGAACCAGCCCUAAGCAGCGUCCCCAGCUGCCACACGCUCUGUGCCCCCCUGUACUAACCUCCUGCUCCCACCUGAGCAGACCCUCACCAGGCUGGCCACGGAGCUGUGCCCUCUCUGCUGUCUCUACUCCUCUGGGCAGGACAGCCCUGCCCCUGGGUUAUUAUUAUCAUAGUCUCUAAUAUAAGCUUCAGUGUUUUAAGGCAAAGGUAGAAGGGAUCUCCGGUGGUUCCCAAUGUGCUCUGCCCUCCCCAGCCCUCCCACCAGCCCCCCGAGGGUGGGAGGCAGCAGGGCAGGUCCCCACAUGUCCCUGUGUGCAGGGGAUGGUGAGUGGCAUGGGAGGGUGCUCCAGGCUGUCCCUCAGUGCUUGGGGUUGGGGUGAGGGUGCCCAGCCCUCUUCCUCCACCAGCUGCUGGAGAUGUGGGACACCUGGCAGCACUGUCCUUCUGCUGGUCCUUCCCAGGCUCCCUGAGUCCCACCGCUGUCCCUGUCCACUGUUAGGUCUGGCACCUCCCUACAUCCCCUGUAGGUGCCUCCAGGCAGGUGUCCCACCCUGCUCUGCAGGCUGGUUUAGGUUGGUGUCCCCCAGCCUGAUCCCCCUGGCAGCUGCAGCCCUGGUGGAAGGGGCUCUCCCCUCCUCUCCCCUCCCACCUUUGGAGGACAGAGCACAUUGGGCUGGUGGCCUGGCCAGCAGGACCCUCCCCUGCUUCCCAGAGUCGGAGGUUUCUCCUUGUUGUCGUUUAUUUAUAAGCAGUUGUAAAUGUGCUCCUCGCUUUGGAGAAUGACACGUGCCCCCCACCUCCCCCGUCCCCCCGUGCACGCCCAGCCCUGCUGCUGCCCAGGAGAACGGGGAGGGGGCUGGGGCAGGGGGUGCCAGCACCCCGCUCCCUUCAGGCUCCCUGUGCUGCUGCAGGGCUGACUUUUGUUAUUCGCUGACAAUAAAGGUUUUGAGAGA